GUUGCUAGCAACUUGAUCAGCCCUCUCUCGGGGUGUGUGACAGCAGUGUGGCUGCAGGUUGAAUUGCUUCUCCUCCGAACCGGCCUGGUAAACUGGAAACAUGCUGUCCUUCGCCGUGAGACAACUGGCCCGGCCAUUGUGUCAGCGUGCCCCGGCUCGCAUCUGCAUACGUGGGCAACAGUCCCACGCUGCCAGCCAUGUGGCGGAUGAAGAGCGACCUUGGACAGGCCAAGAAAGUCUGGCUCAGGACGACCCGGAGAUGUGGGACCUGCUGUUGAAGGAGAAAGACCGACAAUGUCGUGGACUGGAGCUAAUUGCGUCAGAGAAUUUCUGCAGCCGAGCUGCUCUGGAGGCUCAGGGCUCCUGUCUGAACAACAAAUACUCCGAAGGCUACCCGGGGAAAAGAUACUACGGCGGAGCAGAAGUGGUGGAUCAAAUUGAGCUCUUGUGCCAAAAGCGAGCCCUGGAGGCCUUUGACUUGGACCCGGCCAAGUGGGGCGUCAAUGUCCAGCCGUACUCGGGCUCCCCCGCCAACUUUGCCGUCUACACCGCCGUGCUCAACCCCCAUGACCGCAUCAUGGGUCUGGACCUUCCAGAUGGAGGCCAUCUGACCCAUGGCUACAUGUCAGAUGUGAAGAGGAUCUCAGCCACCUCCAUCUAUUUUGAGUCCAUGCCCUACAAACUCAAUCCUGCGACAGGACUCAUCGACUAUGACCAGAUGGAGCUGACGGCCAAGCUGUUCAGGCCCCGGCUCAUCAUCGCCGGCACCAGCGCCUACGCCCGCCUCAUAGACUACGCUCGCAUCAAGAAGCUGUGUACUGACAUCAAGGCCUAUAUGUUGGCCGAUAUGGCUCACAUCAGCGGCCUGGUCGCAGCCAAAGCCAUCCCGUCCCCAUUCGAGCACGCUGAUCUGGUCUCGUCCACGACACACAAGUCCCUGAGAGGAGCCAGAGCGGGUCUCAUCUUCUACCGCAAGGGUGUUCGCUCAGUAGACAAGAAGGGCAAGGAAAUCAUGUACGACCUGGAGGACAAGAUCAACUUCUCGGUCUUCCCCUCGCUGCAAGGCGGUCCUCACAACCACGCCAUUGCGGGUGUUGCCGUAGCACUCCGACAGGCUCAAUCUCCGAUGUUUAAGGAGUACAUUGCCCAGGUUAUCAGGAACUCCAAGGCCAUGGCUACUGCGCUGCUUAGUAAAGGCUACACCCUGGUGUCAGGGGGGACCGAAAACCACUUGGUUCUGGUGGAUCUGCGUCCCAAGGGCAUCGACGGCGCCCGGGCUGAAAGGGUGCUGGAGCUGGUCUCCAUCACGGCCAACAAGAACACCUGCCCCGGCGACAAGAGUGCCCUGACCCCUGGAGGCCUCAGGCUUGGCGCUCCAGCUCUGACAUCCAGGCAAUUCAAAGAAGCCGACUUUGUGCGGGUCGUGGAGCUGAUGGACGAGGGCUUCCAGAUCGCACUGGACGUGAAGAAAAAGACAGGAAAACUCCAGGACUUUAAGAACUUCCUACUGGAGGACCCCGAAACAGUGGCGCGUAUCGCUGAGCUGCGUCAGCGUGUGGAAGCGUUCGCCAGGCCUUUCCCCAUGCCGGGCUUCCAUGACCAUUAGAGAGAUUGGCAGUCUUGCUUUAAAAAAAAAAAAAAAAAAGAGAAAAAAAAAGAUUAAAAUAAAAGCCUCGUAUUGAGGUUUAACAAUAGAAUUUGCCAGAUUUUAUAGAAGAGAAGAACCUAUUUUCUAUUGUACAUUCAAAAGAUUGUUCACUUUUCCACACAGUUGCCACUGCUCAUGGAGAUCCACUCUGUAGUCUUAAUAUGUUGGAAAGCAACUUAAGCAGUGUAACUCAUUUCGACCGUUUUUUUUUUUCACCAUCAUCUAUUGAGCCAUUGGGUCCUUUCACCUUGACAUCGUCGCACAUCGAAUUAUCAAGCUAUAGGAAGCUGGGUUGCCGCGUGAAAACAGUCUCUGCUAUUUUGCUGCUCUCUGAAAGAAGCAAAUGUUCGUCACAGCUGCAUAAAUGCGAGGAUAUUUUCAGCGCAUUCUACAGUGACGCCUUGCAACCUCAUGUUCAACAUCCUUCACUAGACAUGAAUUGUACAAAGCAACGUUGCAAACUAUUUUUCAUUGCAUCAAAAGGAACUGGGGCCAGCAUGGUGGUCAGCACAUCUGCACCAAGGUUUGAAUGUUAUCUCCGACUUUCCAAUGUGGAGUUUGCAAUGUCUCCUGUCGCGUGGGUUUUCUCCAGCCUGGUUUCACAUUCCAAAAACAUGACGACUCAAAAUUGUCCUUGUGUGUGAAUGUAAGCUUGAUUGGUUGUUUGUCUAUUGGCCCUUUUCCACUGUGCUUGUUGUGCUCGUGCUAGUUCCGGGCCAGUCCCCAGGUUAGCACCAUUUUUUUUUUCCCUCACCACCUAAAUUGGCUCUCCCUCUGGUGCCUGAAACUGUUGCUAAAACUGGCCCCAAUUACUUGUUGGGCCAGAAUCCGGCACCAACCACAGCGGGGAGGGUGGGGGGUGGAUAGCAUGACAAUCGCAGAUGUAGAGGAAUAGACUCCCUGGACACACGAAAGUUUUGCACAAACUGUUGAGCGGUGAACUCACAGUUGUGUCCCACCAGAAGAGUGAUCGCGGAUGUGCCCAGAUAGCAUGCGGUCUCCGAUUCGCAGCCAGCUUCGUGAUCAUCUACAAUGAUUAAGAAAGAUACAGUAUAAGCGUUUGCUGAUUGCAUGUCCUUGACUGUAAAUGCUACAUACAAGUAUAAUCAAUGCUAUGCUAAGUUGCCUAGGCCCUGGCCCCGAACGAGCACCACUUUUUUUUUUUUUUUUUUGAGGUGAAAAGGGGGUGUAUGUGACUGAUUGACUCGCAACCGUUCCCAGCCGGGUGGACCCUGCUUCUUUUGCCAAAAGUUCAACUCCAGCUCACUCCCGACCCUAACGAAGACAAGCACUAUUGAUGGAUGGGAAAACAAACUGACAAGACAAAAAUACUACUCAAUGGCAAUUUGUUCAUUUUUUUUUCCAGAACUCAUACAUUCAAAAUUUAUAUAUAGCUUUCCUCAAGAUAUAGUUAGGUCACAGACCGCCAUAAUCACUGCAUCAGUGAUCAAUUUGGGUCUGUCUAUUCUUCCUUUGCACAGCAUCUCUUGAAAGAGUACACUUUGCCAAAACACAUCAGCCUUUUAUUUUCUCUCAUGUUGUUUCAACUGACUUAGUUGCCAACAGAUAGUUUGAUGGAACAUUGAUGGAGUCUAAAUAAAAUGUCAUUCAAUGG